AUGGCGAAUUUCAAUUUCAACUGUGUGCUUCUGCCGUCCUCUGAAUGUGAAGAUGAGAUCGGGGAGGAGGAACUUCUGCAAGAGCUCGAAGAGGACAUCAUCGAGUGGUUUCGCUACUGCAGAAUGUCCUCUAUAGAUGUGGCAACUUACUAUCGCGAACAGAGACGUCGAAUUAGAAGAUUUCCCUUCGCAAGGAAUGGACACAUGUUUAUGCUAGACGCCAUGCAAUGUAAUCCCGAACAGUGUUAUGCAGAAUUCAAGAUAUAUCCUGCCAUGCUGCGUACGUUCACUCAUAUACUCCGUGACGAAUAUGGACUGCGUAGUGGCCAGCAAGUUGAUGUGUAUAAACAAGUUGGAAUGUUUUUAUGCAUAUUAGCCCAUGGGAAGGGCUACAGACAGGUUCGAACUUUGUUCAAUCAUUCUUUGCAAACUAUUGGGCACUAUUUCAAAAUUGUGCUUGAUGCCGCAUGCGAAUUUGCUAUAAGCCUCAUCAGACCUGAUCCAAACUAUAAUCACGGUGCGGAGCAUCACGUACCAAAUUUGAACCAGCAUCCGCUAUUCGAGAAUUGCAUAGGUGCAAUUGACGGAACGCACGUGCAAGCUAUCUUGCCGCGGGACGAACGAGUAAAUUUCAUCGGACGCAAGGGCAUUCCAACACAAAAUGUUCUGGCAGCAUGUGAUUUUAAUUUAUGUUUCACAUUUGUGCAUGUAGGGCGGACGGGAACAACGCAUGAUUCACGCAUGUUGGCUCGGUCUAUAUAUGGUCCUGAAAUUGAUUUUCCCCAUCCUGCCCCGGGAAAAUUUUAUCUUGUCGACUUAGGAUUCGCCCAUAGACCUGGGUACAUGGCUCCAUACAAGGGUUCUGAUAUACUGUAUCAUUUUCAGCAGUUCUACAACGGUGAGACGGGUCGUAGACGAAACUUUCGCAACGCACCCACGAUGGGUAUACACAACUUCCUUCGACGGGCAGGAGUUGUCGAUAAAGCGUUCACAAGGGUGGAGACAGAUCCGGACGCGGCAGAGGUAGAACUUCCAAAUGAACAGGAGCAAGCCGCUGCUGAAUUGAAUGCUCCAGAAACGCAACGAAAUGAAUGGGAUCAUGUCCGCGACUUUUUGGCUCAAAGUCAGUGA